AUGCAGCUGAAUAUGAGAACCAGUGGUUCAGACUUUUGCCGUGAUUGCUUUCCUGACUUCGGCGCUCAGUGCCUUGGCUGCCUGCUGUGGCUGCCAUCCAGGGUGCUGAUUGUGUUCUUAUGGGAAGCAAAAGACUGUACAGUAGCCUGCGCUGCUACUUGUGUCAAUAGGUAGGAAGGUGUGUUAGUAGUUCAAAUGGUCUGGGUCAUAGAGUUUGUGAUACACUCUAAGUAGAUUGUGAAUUUCCCAAAAAUUACAAUGUCUGUAAAUGCUAAAGCAGCACUUUUUUAUUAUUUAGGGGUCAGGGGGGAUAAAGACCUUUGAAUUUUGCGGUUUUGUUGAAGUUCUUAAUUGUUUUUAUAUUGUAGACGUAUGGAAAUACCAACUCACAGUUGAGGUGACAGACUGCCAUUCACAGGAGUUAACUAGCUGGUUGAACCAAAUGCCUCCUGAUUGCUUUGACUCUGUAUGAUUUUCUUUUAUAUGACUGUCAUUUCAAGUCCUGGGAAGAAUGACAGUCCGUAGAUGCUUUAGUAGCAUUUGAAAAAAGCUGGAUAUACCAAUUGUGGAGUAUAUAGUGAUCAUAUGUGAACUUAAUCUGGGAUUAGGGCUGAGUAGGGAAGGGCACAGUGAGGAUUUUACUGAAUCGACAGGUGUUCUGUAGGGACUGACUGGUCUUGUGCCUGUGGGUGUUUGUGGUCGGUGUGGGGAAAGUGCACUAACGGAUGUUACUGUCUGCUGUGAACCAGGCUGCCAGAGCUGCUGAAGGAGAGAGCAGACAGAAGUUCUUCACCCAAGAUGUUAAUGGCACCCUCUUAGACAUAGAGGUGCAAACUCGGGAGCUGAGUAGCCAAAUCCGUUCUGGGGUGUAUGCCUAUCUUGCUUCAUUCCUGCCCUGCAGCAAGGACACCCUGGUCAAACGUGCUCGGAAACUUCACCUCUACGAACAGGGGGGGCGUCUGAAGGAGCCUCUCCAGAAGCUUAAGGAAGCCAUUGGAAGGGCAAUGCCAGAGCAGAUGGCCAAGUACCAGGAUGAAUGCCAGGCACACACACAAGCCAAGGUCGCUAAGAUGCUGGAAGAGGAGAAGGACAAGGAGCAGAGGGAGCGGAUGUGCUCUGAUGAGGAAGAAGAUGAGGAAAAGGGGGGCAGGAGGAUAAUGGGACCCCGGAAGAAGUUCCAGUGGAAUGAUGAAAUCAGGGAGCUGCUCUGCCACGUGGUGAGGCUAAAGCUGGAGAGCUACGAUCUGGAGAGGAACAACAGGACCCAGUCUUGGGAGGACUAUGUGAAGGCCUUUCUGGAUGCUGAGGUCAAACCUCUGUGGCCCAAAGGCUGGAUGCAAGCCAGGUGAGGGCCGUGAGCAGCCAGUAUGGUCCACGUGGUGAGGAGGUGCAUUCUGGCGGUAAAGAAAUACUUGAGUGCUUCUGUUGUGCCAGGCCAACAGGGUCCCAUCCCUCAGGAGGUCACCAUCUAGCUGACUCAACCCCCAUCUUACUAGAGUAGCCGGGCGGUGUACGGUUGCUGGGAAUGGCUCUUAUUCUUCCUUUGAAGAGGGAAGUUAUCUGUGGGGUUUUUGUCUUUGUCAUUCUUUGUCACACUUCAGCUCCUGGUUGGGGCAUGCUCUUCUCACCUCAGUCUAACCUUACCUGUUUUGAGAUAAUGGCUCCUUGUAGAAGUUGAGAGAUAGAUUCAUCUUGGAAACAUCUUCCUGUUCUGAACAGAAGUCUCAUUUUCGAGUAGCAGGCUGACUGCUUAUUGGAGUUAAGUCCUGACCUUCCAUGUUACGUAGCUCAGGUGAAUGGACUACAGCUGCCAUCCACAGGCAGGAAAGCUGGCUGGAGCUAGUGCUCUUCCCUCCGCCCCCACUGUGGGAAAAUAGACUUAACAUA